AUGAUUUUUGAACGAGUUCUUGAAUCCAGAUCAUUCGAAGAUAAAGAGAUCAAUGAAUUGGAAAUAGAUGAAUUAAAAAAUGAGAAUAUCAAAAUCAAAACUGAGAAUACGAAGUUAAAGCAUGACAAAGAAGAAGUUGAAACUGAGAAUAUAAAGUUAAAACAGGAUUUAGAUGAAUUUAAAAAAGAACUAGAGUCUAAGAAAAAUCGUAAAUUUCAGGAAAAAUGUAUUCUAAUAGCUCAAGUAUUACUUGGAGAAAAGCCGAUAAUUGAGUAUCGUCCUCCCUUCUUGAAUGGAUUAGAACUUGAUGCCUUCUUUCAGAAAUAUCCAAUUGCAUUAGAGGUACAGGGGGCUCAGCAUCGGCUCCAUAGCACUAGCUGGUAUAAAGAUGUCAAAAAACUUGAGGAUGUUGUAAAUCGUGAUCGGAAAAAAAGAUGUAUAUGUCAAGAUAACGGAAUUUUCCUACUUGAGAUUAUUGGGAACGCGCCUGUGGGGGACAUCUAUUAUAUUAACAGGUUACCUGGAGCUACCAAGGCGCAAGCUCACCAAACGCUUGGAAUUGAAUUGAACAUUAUUCUCAAGGCACUUCCACCAAAAAGCCGGGAAUAUUACAGAGCGGAUGAUUUGAAAAGAUCUCAUUUGUGCCAGGAACAAAAUGAUACCUGCUCCCUGCAAUUCAUCGAGCGAUCUUAUCGCAGAAAUGGACUGACGGCAAAAAUGCGUCUUUUGCCGUCGACCGACUAUUCAUCAACUAUUAUAUAUAACCGAGUCCUGCAAUUCCGAUUGAGCGAUCCUAAUAGUAAAAAAGACAAUGUGAACAUCGAGUUAUGGCAAGAACAUUAUUUAAGACUCGGAAAGUUAGCUGUUGAAAAUCGAAUCAAUAAGUGUGAAAUCUUGACUACUGGAAUACGCGCAGUAACCGGAGCGGUGGUAACUGAAUUUCCAAAGGAAACAUCUUUGAAGCGGAAGGCGUAUGAGCCUGAGGAAUCUGACGAACCUGAAGAGGCCAACAAGCUUGAAAACUCUGACGAGCUUGAAGAGUCUUAUGAACCUAAACAAAACAAAAAGAAAAAGAGUACAAUGGAUGAUGAACUCCCAGACGAUGUCAAAAAGUGGUCUCCGAAUCACGUUAAGAAGUUUCUUGAGUCUAGAAUGAAGAAUUUAGAUUUCAAUGAAGCUGAUAUCGAGAAAAUUCGCAAUCAAGACCUUACUGGUAGGGCGUUUCUUCGAUUAACCGAGGAAAAAUUAACUCGCAAACCAGGUCUCUACGAAUUAAAACCAA